AUGAAGAGGACUGGUCUGCAUGAAGGCGAGCGAGAAGGGCAAGCUAAGUUUCUCCUCGUCUUCGUGGAGUGGAAAACAUGCUACCCAUCUUCACAGUGGAGGACCCUGCUUUCAGACAGAUCAUCAGCAUGGUGCCGUGCACAGGGCGUCACUGGCUUCAACGCAGCGCUGUCACCAGCAGAGGAGUUUAAAUCAGUGAUACAGAAUGAGACCAGUGUAACUCUGCAGUGGAAAAAAGUGGAAAACUUCACCAAAUAUUUACUCAAGUACAAUGGACGAGAGAUAAACGUCACUGCACAAGACGGAAAUGAAUAUGUGACACAGACAAUCUUGGAUCUGAGCAGUGGAGCUAAAUAUGACUUCAGUCUCUUCACUGUGUUUGAAAACAACACGAGCAGUGGAGUAGACCUGACUGCAGCCACUGUCCCUUGCAGCACAGAGGAGUUUACAUCAGUGGAACAGACUGAGACCAGUGUAACUCUGCAGUGGAAAAAAGUGGGAAACAUCCUCAGUUACACUCUAGUGUUCAAUGGACAAGAGAUAAACGUCACUGCAUCAGAGAGAAAUGUAUAUGUGACAGAGACAAUCUCAGGUCUCAGCAGUGGAACUAGAUAUGACUUCAGUCUCUUCACUGUGUUUGCAAACAUCAGGAGCCGUGGAGUAAACCUCGCUGCAGCCACUGUUCCUCCAGCGGUGUCUUUGGUCACAGUAAGUGAACGUUCAGUGACCAGAGUGACUCUGAAGUGGGAUGGUGUGAAUAGAGACUGGAGCUACUUGCUUCAGAUGAAUGGCCUUGAUGUGACCGUGAGCCCAGACAAUUCCUUAGAUGUGUCCUCUUCAGUCACUUCUCUGAAACCUGGGACAGAGUAUCCCUUCAGUGUGACCACAAUGUUCUCCGGACUCAACAGUACUGCUUAUACAGGCUUCACAGUAACAGCCAUAGACUGUGCAAAUGUGUUCUGGCACGUGACUAACACAUCGAUCCAAGGGACUGUUCAAGGUUUAUUCUCAAACGCCACAGCCUCUUAUAACCAAACCCAUGUCAGUCCUGGAGGUAGCAAUGUGUCCUUCACUGGCCUUCACCCUGGUGCAACGUACGAAGUGUGUCUCAUGUACAAUAUAUAUUCUACAUCCUUUGAACAGUGUCGCCACUACCUAACCAUUCUUCCUCCAACUUUGAGUGCUCACUGUGAGUACUGGGAUGCUGGCUAUUCCAUCAAUAUCGUGUGGAAUAAACCUCGUGGCUUGUGGACUGCAGUGGAGGUGACUGUGUCCGAGCAAACUCACACAUUUCCUGAAAAUGGGGAGCAGCAUGCAACAAUACACGGAUUCCGUCCUGCCCAAACAUACACUGUAUCGUUAGUGUCACUGUCUGGGACUGUGAGGCGCUCUGACCCGGUUGUUUUUUCAUGUGCUACCGAUCCAAGGGGAGUCAUUGGCGGAGCAUCACUCGGUGUGCUGCUUUUCUGUAUCCUGGUAUUACUGGUGGUCAUCAUUAUUUAUAAAAAAACAAAUUUAAUCAGAAACAAGAAAUUCAAUGGUGGAUCCAAAGGCGUCCACAGAAGUUACAAACCUAUACAUGUAUCAGCGUUUCCAGCUCACUACCACGCGUUAAUUGCAGAUGACAACAGAGGUUUCAGUGACGAAUAUAAGAGCCUUGCUCCUGUUGGCACAAAGCAGAAACAUAAAGUCAGCACCCUGCCUGGAAACAAAGAAAAGAAUCGUUUCAACAACAUCCUGCCGUAUGACUGGUCUCGGGUGAAGCUGAAUACAUCCAAGUCCAAGGGGAGGUCUGACUACAUUAAUGCUAAUUACAUUCCAGGCUACAACAGCAAGAAAGAGUUCAUCGCCACUCAGGGUCCUCUGCCCUCCACUGUCAAUGAUUUCUGGAGGAUGAUUUGGGAGCAACAGGUGAAAGGCAUCGUCAUGGUAACCAACUGCGUUGAGGGAGGACGGCCCAAGUGUGAUCAUUACUGGCCUGAAGACAGCACGCCUCGCUUUUACAAAGGGGUGUGGGUCACCAUCACAUCUGAGCAAGAGGAAUGCCACUGGACAUUGAGGGAAUUUAGUGUGAAACAUAUCGACUCCUCAGAGGAGCGCACAGUGACACACUUCCACUUCACAGCCUGGCCUGACCACGGAGUCCCAGAGGGCACUAUCCCCCUGAUCCAGUUUAGAGGACUGGUGAGAUGGCACAUGGAGAAAGAAGGGGCUGGAGCACCAACUGUGGUUCACGGCAGUGCUGGAGUGGGGGGGGCAGGCACGCUAAUUGCCCUGGAUGUGCUGCUGCAGCAGCUCGGCCACAACAAUGCAGUGAGCGUCUAUGCUGUUGUGCACAAGAUGAGACAGAGUCGAACACACAUGGUGCAGACGGAGUGGCAGUAUAUUUUCCUGCACCGGUGCAUCAUGGACUGUCUGGAACAAGAUGAGAGUGAAGACGUUGUGUACGACGACGUGGACAUGAUGUACGCCAACGCCACUGCCCUCAGAGAGCUUUGUUAACCCCAGACACACAAUAUUCAACCCUACAGGCUUUUUGCACUUAAUUCUUAUAAUACUGUAUUUUGGGGUUUUUUUUCCCUGUAGAUAUACUUCUUUUAAAUUUAGGGACUGGUUAGGAUGAAAUCACCAUGACAAUGGCUUUGAGUGUGACCGGCUGAUGAUUGGUGUGUUAGAUUUAUCGUUCAGCUCGUGCUGAGGAGGCGGGAACUAGCUAAGUUCAUUUUAAGUUUUGACUUAUUUUGGACAUAUGAAAGCCUGAAGUUGUCAAUAUUGAUAAUAAAAUAUAAGACAUUAUUUACUUAUCAUAUUUUUAUUUUCAUGUCAUGUUUGUUCCAAGAAGUCUGUUUUUAUUAGCCCAUGAACCACAUCCAUCCCUGCACUUUUGAAAAGCUUACUACACCCUGAAAAUCACAACAGGUAACUUCAGAUAUACUGACAUAUAGCACUGAGUUAAAUAAAGCUUACAUCUCUUUGAAUGUAUUCAUAUUUUUAUCAGACAGACACUGGCUGUAGCUGUAUUUUUUAUUUAUGUUAUUGCAGUUCAUUAUUGUGCAAUUAAAUGUGAGUAAAUAAUGAUCAGUUAGGAGAGGGUUUAGGGGAAAAAUCUUCAGGUUUUCAAUAUCAAUACCAACAAGAUUUGAGGGUGUGAGUAAAGAAAUGAGUUGGUUUGUUCACAUGUUGAGUAAAACCAACUGAUUCUAACGGUGAAUUAAAUGCAGAACAAAGACUGUCACUGUUCUUUAUCUGUCUUUAGUACUAACUCAGAUUAGAAUUCAGAGAACUCUAAUAGGAACUCUGAAUAAGGUGCAGGUGGACGAUAAACUGUGACUGCGAAUUGGUUUUUGCCAAAUAUAUGACAAAGACUGAGAAUAAGGCUUUCAAAAGAUAAAUAUGCAGGUUUGAGCUUGGGUUGAUUAAUAGUCUAGUUAAAUUAAAAAUGGCUGCUACUCCUGAGCUACCUACCAAGCUUGUUUCGGUGCAUUU